UGGGGAUAAAAGUGGUUUUUCAGUCGUUAGCGAGGCUCAUACGUGAAAUGGUAACGAUGUAAAUAUGGUUGUCAAGUUCGCCGCGACGAUGACCAAUACACCGUUAAAGUCGUCGUUUUCGAUCAGUUCGAUUUUGACGGACAAUAAGAAUUGUACAGAGGUUGACGUGAAGAAAAAUGAGGAAGUGGACUGUAGAUUAGUGAGGGAGGAAGUGAGUGAGGAUGUUGAGGAUGAUGAUAGGAGUGAGGUUAGUGAGUGUGAGUCAGAUUUGGAUGUAAUUGGUACGGGGACGCCGCCACUGGAUUGUUCGCCCAGUCGGUCCAAUGAUGGUGAAGACAAGAAUGGUCCGGAUAAUAGUUCAGAAAAAGACAAGAAAACCAAUGAUAAACCCCCGUACAGUUACAACGCACUGAUAAUGAUGGCGAUACGCAAUAGUCCAGAAAAACGACUUACCCUCAACGGAAUCUACGAGUACAUAAUGCGCAAUUUUCCCUACUACAGGGAAAACAAACAGGGCUGGCAGAAUUCCAUCAGACACAAUCUCAGCUUAAACAAGUGCUUUGUGAAGGUCCCUCGUCACUAUGACGAUCCAGGCAAAGGCAACUACUGGAUGCUAGACCCUUCAGCUGAAGACGUUUUCAUAGGCGGAACUACUGGAAAAUUGCGGCGCCGUUCCACUGCAGCUUCCAGAAGCCGCCUUGCAGCCUUCAAACGCACCCUAAGCCUUUACUCUCCCAUCCAAGGUUAUCCAGCCUUUUACCCACCCAAUCCUGCUUUAAUUGCAGCCUACUCUCGUUAUAACCCUUAUUUACAGCCAAGAUUACCAUUUCCUAUUGAUAAAGCUCCAGAUAUGUCGUCAUUUUUCCGUCCGCCGGCUUCGCUGUUGCAAAUGUAUAGUAAUUUGAGGCUAGGGAAUCCGUUGCAGUAUCCUUUGCAGUUACCUUUGAUGAAUUUGGCUCAGCAUCAGAAUGUGGCUGGGCAAGGGGCGGCUUCGCCUGAAGCUCCUGAGGGACUUUUGAAGCCUGUUACAGUCAUAAGUAGGAAUGAUAACUAACUAGCACAUUAAUUGGUAGCCCAUGUUCAAAUACACAUAAAUUUUGUUUGUGAAGUGUAAAUAUUUAUUUUUUCGCCCUAUAUAGUGUAUAUUAAUAAAUAUUAUUGAAAUAAGUAAUUAUUUAUUGUAAAAAUGUAUUUAUUUAUUUAUAAUUUCUGUGAUGUAUAAACUGUAAUAUAGAUUUUUAAUAGGUUUAGUUGUUUCUUAAAUAAAUAACUUCGAUUAUUA